AUGGCUGCCAAAGAUGUGACUCUGCCAUUGCGACUGGUCAUAUGCGUAGACGGCGGUACUAAAGCUGGCAGUGGUCAGUCGACCAUUCAGCAGAUUGUCGCGAGCGUGCAGAGCGGCAAAUGUCUGGACAUUGGCACGACCAGCUGGUGCAACCAACUGCCUCGAUACUUCAACGGAGGCGAAGAUAUAUCGACAGCCAGCGUACUCGGUCACGGGCAUGUGAAACAGAUACAAGAUGUUUACGAAAACUGCUGCCAGCUUAAAGGCGAUAAGGAUGAGAUCUGGCUAUUUGGGUACGGACGGGGCGCAUUCAUCGUCCGCGCUGUCGCAGGCUUGCUGCACCACUGUGGUGCUCUCAACUCAGCUGGCCAGCCGGAAUUCACCAAAGACUUCAAGAAGCUGCUAAAAGAAGCUGAACUGCGAAGUGGUCGCCGGUCAAGCCUGGCGCUCAGCCCAGUCUCAUCAGCAUCAACAGCGGGCGUGAGAGCAACGCCUCGCAUUCGCUUCAUCGGAGCUUUCGAGACCGUAAAACCAGGAAUCGGGGACUCGACUUUCGAUACAUCUCUCAAUGGCUCCAUCCAGCACAUGCGCCAUGCUGUCGCUUUGCACGAGGAUCGUAAGACCGCAGAGUAUAUUUACCCAGAGGAUCUGUAUCGAAAUAAGCUCCAAGAUUCUGGUCGCAGCUUCACGCAAGCAUGGUUCAUCGGCAGUCAGCAAGACAUGGGCGGUCUGUCAAAAAAGGCAGGACUCUCCCUGUAUCCUUUGCAGUGGAUGCUGCUCGAAGCCAGACGCUGCGGGUUGGCAGUAUCAACUACACCCGGUAGUACGCUCGCCCAAGUCGUACCACGUGGCGAUGAGAAGAAGAACAAUAAUGCCGCCUGGUCAUGUCGGACUGAGAACGGUAUCGAUAUCGUCAUGCAUGACUUUAGAACGGUGCAUGCUGUCGAGGACUACUCGGUACGGUUAGGAAGCCUAGGAGCUCGUAUUGGCACAAGCUUGCCCACAAGUAAAGCUCGAGAGCCCUUCCUACCAAGCGGUGUCCUCAAAGGAUGGUGUGACUGGGCACCACAAGGCACAAUCUUACAUCCUUCCGUCUACUUACUCUUGGACGAACACAUCAAUGUUGCGCUGGAGACGAAAGAACUCAAGCUGCAGCGGAAUCUGAAUGACUGGAGAGAAAAGAUGAUGGGCUCGUACAAUGGCGUAACUAACACUGGGUUUUGGCUCGAUGAGGACACCGACGAUUUAGACCCUGGCGCAAUUCGCGUGUUGGUAUGCGGAAAUACGGGAGUCGGCAAGUCAACACUCAUCAAUAAGGUCUUUGGCGUUGAUGUCACUCAAAGCUCUGACCGAUAUCGAGGUAUACAUGAUGUGCGACAGGAGAUCACUUUCGAAGGUCGACCAGAUUUGAUUCUUCAUGAUUCCGGUGGGUUUGAGGCUGGCGCUGACGAAGAGUUCCUGGCCAUCGAAGCUUUUCUCAAGGACAAAUCCGAGGCCAACGUCGAUGUUGCGGAUCGUGUGCAUGUCAUCUGGUUUUGCAUCGACAUCAACAGUCCUCGAACCUUACAGACAGCCACGGAAAAGUUGUUCAAAGCGGUGUCGAAGUAUGCGAACGACGUUCCGAUUGUGGUGAUCGCCACUAAGAAGGACGACUACCUCGAUAUCGAAUUUGGUACCCACCGAAAAAUGCUCAAGAAGGACGGCAAGCCAUUUGACGAAGAAGCGUGUGAGCAGUACGCUGAAGAAAGACUCCGUGAGAGAGUGGACACGAUUCGUACUGAAAUGCAGACCGUCGAAGGCGGUAGGCUAGAUGCCUGUCUGGCGGUGGCCCAAGACGACGAAAGCUCAAUUGCGCAUCUCAGCAAAACGACAUCGAGUUGCUUCGAUACUGACAAAGUGCGUCUCCUCUACAUCAGGGCGCAAGUCACACGUAUAGACCUGAAGAUCGACAUGGCUGUAUGUGAAGUGAUCAAACAGUACAAACGACUGAUCCGAGACGCCACAGGCGCGACGUUUGCACCCUUCGGCGCUACCAUCACACGCAAAGUCUCGACCAACCGAAUCAUCAAAAGCAUCAUCAAUUGCUUCGGGCUCCCGACUGUCAGCGCGGAUACAGCGGUGGAAGCGCUUCGGGCGAACGUCUGGAACAUGACUGGUUCGAAUAUUGCUCUGGCGUUGGCGGAAGCUUUACAGUGUAUCGGUGUCAUCGGGACCGUAUUUGCUGCGGGUAUCCCGGCCUGGGCCGUCACGGGUACCAUCAACACAUCUUAUGUGGUUCCGGCCACUUGCAGAUUGUUCCUGAUCAUGGCCUGCGACCUCAUCCUCGUGCUCGCGAGGAGUUUCAAGGAGGUGACGUUUCGGGCCAGCGGCCAGCCCAACGAGAAGGAUGUUGGUGCAGCAGCGAGGAACUACAGAGUCCGUGGAUACGCACAGCACGUUCACAGCGAGCUGAAAAAACUUGUGCCUCGCCGGAAUAUGCUUGCUAGCUUCAAGCCCGAGACGAUCCGAGUUGGGUUUGAGAAGGUACUGGCGAACUACAAAGACGGACUGAUGGAGGACGUUGACCUACCUCUGAAGGCCUCACGCUUCAGUCUCAGCUCAAGUACGGCCACGGAAGAUGAUCGCCUGGAUAUCGAAAGCACUGAGGGGAGUGAUUCUCUGCUCAUCACCGACUUUCAGGAAGCCCGAACUGCGCUUGUAGAGCUCGAAGCCAGUCAACAAAUCGCGGAGAUGGAUGACAAGAGGCAAGUACCUGAGCUGCCAGCAGAGUCCAAGCCGAUCGAACUCGAUGCAGUGAGUACUGUCAAGGUGGAACUACAAGCGUGA